AUGACCGGCACCGCCCAAGCCUUGGGCAAUGGUGCCCCUCGAACACUUACGCCGCCCGCCCCUGCGACCCCUACCGAAGACUACGUCUUCCCUGAAUAUCGCCUGAAGCGUGUGAUGGACAACCCGGAAAAGACACCCUUACUUCUAGUGGCAUGUGGAUCCUUCUCGCCGAUUACCUACCUCCACCUACGCAUGUUCGAGAUGGCCGCCGAUUACGUCAAGCUAAGCACGGAUUUUGAGCUUAUCGGAGGGUAUCUCUCACCAGUCUCUGACGCCUACCGUAAGGCUGGUUUGGCUAGCGCGGAGCACCGAGUAGCAAUGUGCGAACGAGCGGUUGAUCGGACAUCUAACUGGUUGAUGGUCGAUACUUGGGAACCGAUGCACAAGGAAUAUCAGCCGACUGCCAUCGUGCUAGAUCAUUUCGACUACGAGAUCAACACUGUGCGACAAGGGAUUGAGACCGGAGAUGGCUCAAGAAAGCCGGUUCAGGUUGUCCUAUUGGCUGGAGCCGACCUGGUUCACACCAUGUCCACGCCCGGAGUGUGGAGUGAAAAGGACCUUGACCACAUCCUCGGAAAAUAUGGGGCUUUCAUCGUCGAACGAAGUGGAACAGACAUUGACGAAGCACUCGCUGCUCUGCAGCCCUGGAAGAGAAAUAUCCACGUCAUCCAGCAGUUGAUUCAAAAUGACGUUAGUAGCACAAAGAUUCGCUUAUUCCUCAGACGAGACAUGAGCGUCCGCUACUUAAUACCGACUGCUGUGAUUGAGUACAUCGAACAGAAUGGCCUGUACAGGGAAGAUGGAAGCACCCAGGCAGCAGCCGAGAAGGGCAAGGAACCUGCAACAUCAGCCUAA